AAAUAAAUAAAAUCGACACCCUGAGAUUCAAGGGGUCUCGCCGGAAGGGACCCUUUGUCACUUUGCACAAAGUGACCCUGGAGGGGAAGGGACAUUGACAGGCAGAAGGUGGGGCUCAGGCCCAGCCCAGUCUGAGCAUUUGGGUGAGGUGGGGUGGCGGGCAGUUGAUGGCCAAGCCCCCGCCUCCCCCUUCCCAGCAGUCUCUGGUCGUGAGGUUCCUCUGCCUCCUCUGAGAGUCGCUGUUCUGACCUCACCCUCAUCCUCCCGCUGCCAUCUUACAACAUCUUUGCAAUUUCCAGUUCCUGAAAAACCAACCUUGAGAAAAAGACAUUCCCUGGGGGUGCCUGGCACCCCCUGUGCCAGUCAUGCUGCUGCUGCUGCUGCUGCUGGCGCUGCUCUGUGGGAGGGAGGGGGCCGAGGGCCGGGGGGCGCCUGAGAAGGACCACGCGCUGCCGGUGCAGGGGCUGGUGAUGGUGCAGGAGGGCCUGUGUGUCUGCGUGCCCUGCUCCUUCUCCCUCCCCUGGGACAUGUGGACACUCUUUACCUCCGCUCGCUCGCUCGCGCUCUCUCUCUCUCUCUCUCUCUCUCUCUCUCUCUCUUCUCUCUCUCUCUCUCUCUCUCUCUCUCUCUCUCUCUCUCUCUCUCUCUCUCUCUCUCUCUCUCUCUCUCGGCUCUCUCUCGGCUACUGGUUCCGCGACGGGGCAGAUCUGUCCCGGGACGAUCCCGUGGCCACAAACAACCCAGAUCGUGAAGUGCAGGAGGAGAUCCGGGGCCGAUUCCACCUCCUUGGGGACCCGCAGAACAGGAACUGCUCAGGCAUCAGAGACGCCAGGAGGAGUGACAGUGGCUCUUACUUUUUUCGGGUGGAAAGAGGAAAUACAAAAUGGAAUUACAGGUCUAACCUGGUCUCCGUGCACGUGACAGCCCUGACCCAGGCACCCCCAUCCUCAUGCCCAAGACCCUGGAGUCCGGCCACCAGGCACCUGACCUGCUCUGUGCCCUGGGCCUGUGAGCGGGGCACGCCCCCCGUCUUCUCCUGGGCCUCAGCUGCCCUCCCCACCCUGGGCCCAAGGACCCCCCUCUCCUCCGUGGUCACCCUGACCCCACGGCCCCAGGACCACGGCACCAGCCUCACCUGUCAGGUGACCUUGCCCGGAGCCAAAGUGACCACGACGAGGGCCAGCCACCUCAAUGUGUCCGCAUCCAGAGCCCUGGAGAACGGCUCCUCUCUUUCAGUCCUCGGGGACCAGCCCCUGCGCCUGAUCUGUGUCAUCCACAGCAACCCGCCCGCCAGGCUAAGCUGGACCCGGGGGAGCCUGACCCUGAGCCCCUCACUGCCCACCAGCCCAGGGGUGCUGGAGCUGCCGCAAGUACUCACGGGAGAUGAAGGGCAAUUCAGCUGCCGGGCUCAGAACCCCCUGGGCUCUCAGCACAUCUCUCUGAGCCUCACUCUGCAGGGGAAGUCAGCCCGGGGCAGAGCUGCUUCAGGUGGCCACGUGGGAAGCGGCCGUCAAGAUCCUGCUGCUCUUUCUCGGCCUCCUCGCCCUCCUAGUGAGGUCCCGCAGGAGGAAGGCAGCCCGGCCAGGAGGGGGCGUGUCAGAUGCCACCGCGGUCGCAGGUUAACCCAUCGGGUUGUUCCAGCAGCCUGUCUCUUCCCUGGGUCUCUGAGCAGCCCACCUACCUACCAAUUCCAUCUCUCUUGGAAGUGCCUCCGGACUGUUUGCAGGUACCCCAUCCUCCACAUCCUGCCCAGUGGGAACAGCUCCGUGUCCUCUCCACGGCCAGAGAGCACAGCGCACACAACGCAGGCUGGAUUUGAAGCUUGGCGGCUCUGUCCCUGCUGGACCCUCUCCUGGCAUCUACCAGCAUCUUCACACCCAGCCUGGUCUGGCCUCUGUGACUCUGAGGCUUCGUCUAUGCUGUUCCUUCUCCUGAAACGCCCUUCUCUCCACAUUCCUGCCACUACCAGUCCUGAUCAUCUUUUAGGCUGAGUCUUAAAUGCCUCUGUGUAUUUCAUUGUAUGGUUUUUGUGGGUUUUUUUUUUUUAACUCAGAUGAAUUUAUCACA